AUGGGGCAAGGAGUGGUCGUACACACGAGAAUAGUGACUUUGCUUAUAAAGCUAAAAUUACUAUAUAUUUGCCUGAAAAAUCGACACACAACCAAUGUGGGACUAAACCCGCGUCACACCUUCCUCAGAGGUGGGCGACCGGCGAGGGUUCGAAUCCUCCUAGAGUCAAAAUUCAUAUAUUUUUAUCUGAUUAUCGCGACUUUCUUGUAGAUCACUAGUGAAGGAUUAAGCAACGAGAAUCGUUGGAUCAUCAGCAAAAAUCUUGUCAACGCGAUUCACAGAGCAUUGCUACUAAAAUUGCUAAAUGAUUCGCGAUAAAAGGAUUGCAAUCCAUCAGGUAAAUCAUCUCCGAUUGAUCGACGAACAAGCCAUUGUCGGGAAGAAGACGAUCUGCCAAGAGAUGAGUUGCCACCUCCUGAGAGCGUACCAGAUGUGAUGAAGAGCCUCCUCUUGUUGCGCGGACUUGAGAAUGAAGCUUCCUGACACGCACCCCACCUCCAUCCAACUCCUCUCUGUCGGGUGACAGCUGCCGGAGAGCUGCAAAGUUGCUAUUUUUCUGCUCCGUUGGGUGACGCCGUCGGAAGACGAUCAACAACCCACUUCAUUGAUCUCUAGACUUCGCGAGAAAAUCUAGAGAUUGCCCACGUCGUCUUUGUCCAAGGAGAGCUUUCGAGGCCGUGGACACUACAUGACAAUCCUCCCAAAUGCUCAAGAUUUCGGUGCAUCGCCGACGCAUUAGUGUCGCGACGCCGGAACUCUGUUUUCUUGCUUUCAAUUUACUUUAUACUUUAUUUAGUGAUAAUUUUUGUGUUUUUAAGUUACCAAAAUAUAUUUUGUUCAAUUACGAUUCUUCAGGCUUUUACAAAUCUUAAUUUGAUUAAUUAAAUCAUUUGUAAUUGCAUACGCAAGAAUCACUGGGCAAAACUCUAUUUUCAUCUGAUUCACAUCCGCCCGGCGCUGACAUCAUCUCGAUGUCCGCACCCUUAUUUCUUUUUUUUCGUAAAUUUUAAAUAUAUUUCUUUUUUAUUUCCUAGUAUAAAAUUCAUAGAAAAUCAUAUUCAUUGAGAAAAACUAUAAAUAAUUACUAGAUAUUAUAUUACAUCCCUGUGAUCGACCUGGAAAAUUAUCACUAUUUUUGGAAGUUUUAUUAAAUUAUAAUUGAUAUAUUUAUUUAGAAAUACUUCUAAAUAUCUAAAAAUUCAUAUUUUCUAGUUUUAUAAAUUUUAUAUUUGUGUGAUUUAAUAUACAACGACUGAGUCAUGUCAAUUGUCCUCUUUCUGACGAUGGUUUAUUUGUCGAUCAAUUGAAGAUCUUUUACUCCAUAGAUUCGUGAUUCUUUUAUCGUGAAUUGUUUAGUAAUUUUAGUAACAAUGCUCCACAAAUUGCAUUAACGAGAUUUUCACCAAUGAUCUAGUAAUUAUGGUAGCUUAAUCCUUCACCAUCAAUCUACAAAAAUUUAUGAUAAUCAAAUAAAAAUAUGAGUUUUUAUUUUAGGAGGAUUCGAACCCGCACUGAUUGCCUACAUGUAUGAGAGAGAUUGAAAUAAAUACUCUAAUGUCAUUAUCAAAUGAUGUCAUCAUGAUAUAUCUCUAUUAUAAAUAAGGGGUAUUGUAAGUAUUAAAAGCAUCGAGGCCUUUUGAGGAAAGGUGUGACAUGAGUUUAGUCUCACAUUGCUUGUGCACCAAAGUUUAGAGCAAAUAUAUAGUAAUAUUAUAUUUCCAAGUAAGUCCUUUUCUCCCACAUGUAUGACCACUCCUUACCCCACAAUCAACUGGCCACCAGUGACAUGGAAGGGGAGUGGUGCACACGUGCCCUCAUCAGUCCUAGCCACUCGAGUGAUGGUGAGUAGGACUCAUCUCCAUCAACUCAGGAGGCACCGGCAGUCUGAGUUCAGCCCAAUCGAUGCGUGAAGAUGAAAGAGCUUGGCUUUCGCUAUACGGCUUAGCCCUUUGGGACAACAACAUUCCACCUUUGGAAUGAUGACGAGCUAGAGCUCACACUUAUCUUUCUUUGUAUUUUUACGUUGACUUGUUGGGCCUUGCAUUUGUGUGUUAGUGGGCCCAAUUCUAUGUGUGUGUGUUACCAGGCCCAAUUCUAUGUGUGUGUUAGCGGGCCCAAUUCUAUAUGUGUGUGUCGUUGUUUAUGUCUCCCAUUUUUUAAGGUUUUAUUGGGUCUCUCUUUUGAGGCCUAAUUAAAACUCUAAGGGGGGGGAACCUAUGUGUCUUUCCUUUUGGGCCUCUUUUGGGGCUUAUUUGGGUCUUCAUUUGAGGCCCACUUAAGCACCGUAAGAGGACCCUCCUCUUUCUCCUUUUAGGGGAGCUUAUUAGGUCUCUCUUUAAGAGGCCCAAUAAGCCCCUUUUGUAGCCUUUGUGGCUUAUGGGCUUGAGGGUCUCAAACAGGCCCACCUCCCCUUCGCCCACUUAUGGGCCCCCAUAUAAGGGGAGGUAGGACCCCCCCCCCUCAAGAGAGCGCCGUAUUUUUGAGAGAGAUUAUCAUUUUGUGAGUACCUUCUCUGUGAUCUAGGAUAGGGAGGGAAGGAGGAAGAGGAAGGCCAUCGAUACCACCUUCGAGGACUUUGUUCCUCAUGACGCUGCUGCUCGAUAAGUCCCGCCGCCGCCUGAGACCACUAUCGCCGCCGGCCAUCUCAUUGCCGCCCGAGAACUCGCCGCCGUCACUGGACAAAACGGUCGCGGUUGCCACUGCAGCCGCCGCCACCUCUGCUGGAACCCCAUCACGCCAUUGUGACGAAAGGGGCUCGCUUCGCCUCCCUACAAGCCAUCGCCAAACACUCUGCCGAAGUCUCUCGACUCCUGGUUUGACUGUCGCUUCUUCCUCUAGUACUCCACCAUAAACUCGCCGGAGCUGCCCUCCACCACUCUGCCCAGUCGCUGGCCAUUCGUCGACGAACGCCGACCUGCCGUCGACGUCGGAAGAGACCCUACUGCCGUGCCGAUGAGCUAGAUCUAGAACAAGCUCCGCACAGGCCCCUGCCAGAGUUUCCUGAUGAUCCGCCGCUGUCGUGCUGUUUCUGGCACCGCCUAGACCAAGAGGGCUCAACCCUCCCUGAUUUUGCCGGCCGGAUCAUCUCCUUCCUCUGCUCCGCUUCCCAGUGCUGCUAGAGAAGGCUGACCCUUCUAGCGACAGCUGGUUUGCCAGCUGAUAAGUCUUCAUUAUCAUGAGUUAAUAAUUAGUAAAUAAUAUAGUUUUAGCCUUAACUCAUGAUAAAUAGACUUAUAUUUGUGUUAAAGCAUGAAAAGUGGUUUUCAGUUGAUUAACGUGAAUUUUUGGGUAAUUAUGUGAUUUUAUAUGAUUUUUACAGUCUUAGUUUUGAGAUAAAUGAAGAACAAGAAAUAAAAAUAAAAAUAUUGCAAAAUGGGGGGACCCGCUGGCCAGCCGGGCCCGCAAGCGGGUCGGAAGCGCAGUCGGGGAGUAGCCGCGAGCAGGGGCUCGAGUGGCUUGCUUGGAUCGAUAGGGGCACGUGUGUGCCACUCCCCUUCCAUGUCACCGGUGGCCAGCCGGCUGUGGGGCAAGGAGUGGUCGUACACGCGAGAGGACUUUGCCUAGAAAGCUAACUUUACUAUAUAUUCGCCCGAAUAAUCCGCGCACAACCGAUGUGGGACUAAACCCGCGUCACACCUUGCUCAGGGGCGGGCGACCGCCGCGGGUUCAAAUCCUCCCAGAGUCAAAAUUCAUAUAUUUUUAACUGAUUAUCGCGACUUUCCUGCAGAUCGCCGGUGAAGGAUUAAGCAACCGGAAUCGCUAGAUCAUCGGCGAAAAUCUCGUCAACGCGAUUCGCGGAGCAUUGCUACUAAAAUUUCUGAACGAUUUGCGAUAAAAGGAUCGCAAUCCAUCGAGUAAAUCAUCUCCGAUUGAUCGACGAACAAGCCGUCGUCGGGAAGAGGAUGAUCCGCCGGGAGACUAGUCGCCACCUCCUGAGAGCGUACCAGAUGCGAUGAAGAGCCUCCUCUUGCUGCGCGGACCUGAGGAUGAAGCUCCCUAACACGCGCCUCACCUCCAUCCAGCCCCUCUCUGUCAGGUGACAGCCGCCGGAGAGCCGCAAAGUCGCCGUUUUUUCCGCUCCGCCAGGUGACAGCCGCCGGAGACGAUUCGACGACCCACUUCAUUGGUCUCUAGACUUCGUGAGAAGAUCUAGAGAUUGCCCACGUCGUCUUUGUCCAAGGAGAGCCUUCGAGGCCGUGGACACUGCACGACGACCCUCCCGAACGCUCAGGAUUCCGGUGCAUCGCCGACGCGUCGCCGUCGCGACGCCGGAACUCUGUUUUCCUGCUUUAUCUAGAGAUUGCCCACGUCGUCUUUGUCCAAGGAGAGCCUUCGAGGCCAUGGACACUGCACGAUGAUCCUCCCGAACGCUCAGGAUUCCGGUGCAUCGUCGACGCAUUGCCGUCGCGACGCCGGAACUCUGUUUUCCUGCUUUCAAUUUAAUUUACGCUUCAUUUAGUGAUACUUUCUUGAUUUUUAUUUACCAAACUAUACUUCGUUCAAUUACGAUUCUUCCGGCUUUUACAGAUCUUAAUUUGAUUAAUUGAGUCGUCUGUAAUCGCCUACGUAAGAAUUGCCGGGCGGAACUCUGUUUCCGCGUGAUUCGCGUUCGCCGGGUGCUGACGUCAUCCUGACGUCCGCACCCUUAUUUCCUUUUUUUGUGAAUUUUAAAUAUAUUUCCUUUUUAUUUCCUAGUAUAAAAUUCGUAAGAAAAUCGUACUCAUUGAGAAAAAUUCUGAAUAAUUACAAGAUAUUAUAUUACAUCCCUGUGAUCGACCUGGAAAAUUACCACUAUUUUUGGGAUUUGUAUUGAAUUAUAAUUGAUAUAUUUAUUUUGAAAUACUUCUAAAUAUCCGAAAAUUCGUAUUUUCUAGUUUUAUAAAUUUUAAAUUUGCGUGAUUUAAUAUACAACGACUUAGUCACGUCACCACCCAACUGCCAACCUUCGACAUUCUUGCCGAAGCGCUGUUGACGCUCAGCCUUCCCACCGAAGUGCCACUAAUGCUCGGCCUUCCCGACGAAGCACCACUGACGCUCGGCCUUCCCGCCGAAGCGCCACUGAUGCUUGGCCUUCCCACUGAAGCGCUGCUGACGCUCGGCAUUCCCACUGAAGCGCUGCCGCCGCACACGCCCCGCGCGCCAGUUUCUAUGGCCUGCGCGCUCACCCGGUGCCACUGUCCACGUGCCCUAAGGCACGUCAUGCGGCUUGCCACAUGCACCCGCUAGCGUCCCCUUCGGCCCACCAGUGGGCCCACACUUGCUAGCAUGCCCUUCAGCCCACCUACAGGCUCACGCCCACGUCGACUGUGCCACGCCCUAAGACGACGACUUUCGUGACUCUCGACCAAGACCAACCAUCGACGCUAAGCAUCACUCUUCACUAGAUGUCUCUGCCUUCGUCAAAUCUCCACUCCAUCAUGACCCGCCGGGCUAUGUAGCUCCGAAGGUUAGCUCUAUACCCCUUCCUCUUAACUUUACUUAUCUCUCAAAGGGUUUUCUUGGCUCGUCUCCACCACCAUCAGGAGAAUGUAGAUAGGAUAGGACGAUUAUCGGGUUGUGACUUUUGAUGCUGCGCUAGAUUCAUCAUCGUUCGUAAGCUGUAGCCCUAGGCUACCUCACGACGACUGUUCCACCAUCUGUCCAGACAUGGACCGAGAGGGCCUCACACUUACCAUCAUCAAGUGUUUCUCUUAGUUGUCCUGAGUUGAUCAUGCCUAUUGGUAUGCUUACUUAUACUUAGGUUAAGUAGUAAAACCUAGAGUCUAGGGUCCAUACAUUCUUAUCGGAUCGGCCCGACUGCCCCUUCCUAGGUCUAGAGUUUCAUUGAUCAGGUACAAGGAUUCUUGCCCCAUCCUACAUCAUCGAGCCCCUACUUGCAGCUCCCUGAUUGCACUUCCAAAUCGCUUAUAGGCUCGGUUGGCCAAUAGGUCCUUUCUAUUUUGCUAUAUUUUUAUUUUUAUUUUUAUUUUUAUUUAUUUUAAUUAGAUAAAUCUAUUGAAAUAUGGUAUGCUACUAGUGAAUAUUUGAGAUUUCUUCAUUUAUCUAAAAAAUAAGGCUAUAGAAAUCAUAUAAAUUCAUAUUAAAUUACAUAAUUAGCUAAAAAAUUAUGUUAAUCAACUAAAAACUACUUUUCACACUUUAACACAAAUAUAAAUAUAUUUAUCAUGAGCUAAGGCUAAAACUAUAUUAUUUAUUAAUUAUUAACUCGUGAUAAUGAAGACUUAUCACUAGGGCUCUUAUACCAUAUUGACAAUUCAAAAACAAACCCUAAAAUACAUACCAACAUUAGAGGACUACAUCUAUAGAGCCCUAAUAGGUCUCAAUGGGCCAGACACUAUCAAAAAAUUAAUAAUAUAUUUUUAGUUUUAAAUUAUUAUAAAUAGACUUAUAUUUAUAUUAAAUAAUGAAAAGUGGUUUUUAUUUAGUUAUUGUGAAUUUUUAGCUAAUUAUGUGAUUUUAUGUGAAUUUAUAUAAUUUUAUAAUCCUAUUUUUAAGAUAAAUAAAGAGAAAUAAGAUAAAAUAAAAAUAUAUAAAAAGGGAGAAACUUGUUGGCUUGUUAGGCCUAUGAUAAGUCUUCAUUAUCAUGAGUUAAUAAUUAGUAAAUAAUAUAGUUUUAGCCUUAACUCAUGAUAAAUAGACUUAUAUUUGUGUUAAAGCAUGAAAAGUGGUUUUCAGUUGAUUAACGUGAAUUUUUGGGUAAUUAUGUGAUUUUAUACGAUUUUUACAGUCUUAGUUUUGAGAUAAAUGAAGAACAAGAAAUAAAAAUAAAAAUAUUGCAAAAUGGGAGAAUCCGCCGGCCAGCCGGGCCCGCAAGCGGGUCGGAAGCGCAGUCGGGGAGUAGCCGCGAGCAGGGGACUCGAGCGGCAUGCUUGGAUCGAUAGGGGCACGUGUGCGCCACUCCCCUUCCACGUCACCGGUGGUCAGCCGGCUGAGGGGCAAGGAGUGAUCGUACACGCGAGAGGACUUUGCUAUAUAUUCGCCCGAAUAAUCCGCGCACAACCAAUGUGGGACUAAAUCCACCUUGUAAGGGGCGGGCGACCGCCGCGGGUUCGAAUCCUCCCAGAGUCAAAAUUCAUAUAUUUUUAACUGAUUAUCGCGACUUUCCUGCAGAUCGCCGGUGAAGGAUUAAGCAACCGGAAUCGCUGAAUCAUCGGUGAAAAUCUCGUCAACGCGAUUCGCGGAGCAUUGCUACUAAAAUUUCUGAACGAUUCGCAGUAAAAGGAUCGCAAUCCAUCGAGUAAAUCAUCUCCGAUUGAUCGACGAACAAGCCGUCGUCGGGAAGAGGACGAUCCGCCGGGAGACCAGUCGCCACCUCCUGAGAGCGUACCAGAUGCGAUGAAGAGCCUCCUCUUGCUGCGCGGACCUGAGGAUGAAGCUCCCUAACAUGCGCCUCACCUCCAUCUAGCCCCUCUCCGUCGGGUGACAGCCGCCGGAGAGCCGCAAAGUCGCCGUUUUUCCGCUCCGCCGGGUGACAGCCGCCGGAGACGAUUCGACGACCCACUUCAUUGGGCUCUAGACUUCGCGAGAAGAUCUAGAGAUUGCCCACGUCGUCUUUGUCCAAGGAGAGCCUUCGAGGCCGUGGACACUGCACGACGACCCUCCCGAACGCUCAGGAUUCCGGUGCAUCGCCGACGCGUCGCCGUCGCGACGCUGGAACUCUGUUUUCCUGCUUUAUCUAGAGAUUGCCACGUCGUCUUUGUCCAAGGAGAGCCUUUGAGGCCGUGGACACUGCACGACGAUCCUCCCGAACGCUCAGGAUUCUGGUGCAUCACCGACGCAUCGCCGUCGCAACGCUGGAACUCUAUUUUCCUGCUUUCAAUUUAAUUUACGCUUCAUUUAGUGAUACUUUGUUGAUUUUUAUUUACCAAACUAUACUUCGUUCAAUUACGAUUCUUCCGGCUUUUACAGAUCUUAAUUUGAUUAAUUGAGUCGUCUGUAAUCGCCUACGUAAGAAUCGCCGGGCGGAACUCUGUUUCCACCUGAUUUGCGUUCGCCGGGUGCUGACGUCAUCCUGACGUUCGCACCCUUAUUUCCUUUUUUUUUGUGAAUUUUAAAUAUAUUUCCUUUUUAUUUCCUAGUAUAAAAUUCGUAAGAAAAUCGUACUCAUUGAGAAAAAUUCUGAAUAAUUACCAGAUAUUAUAUUACAUCCCUGUGAUCGACCUAGAAAAUUACCGCUAUUUUUGGAAUUUUUAUUGAAUUAUAAUUGAUAUAUUUAUUUAGAAAUACUUCUAAAUAUCCGAAAAUUCGUAUUUUCUAGUUUUAUAAAUUUUAUAUUUGCGUGAUUUAACAUACAACGACUGAGUCACGUCAAAUUUUGGCGCCGUUGCCGGGGAUGUAUUGCAUAAUAUUUAGUAUUUUUCUGUUUUUCUCUUAGAGUACACAAAAAAAAAACUUUACUCUUGUUUUAUUUUCUUUUUGCUGAUUUUUAUUAGAAAAAGGGAACAAAAAGAAGCACGGCAAGGACUGGAGCAUCCUGAAGGAGGGUAACAGUUACUAACUUUUUCCCUCGAAUUUAUUGAUUUUUAUGCAUGGUAGAAGAUCCUUGCAUCCAAGGCUAGAAAAUCCUUUCAUUAUUUCAUUCAAAAAUAAAAAUCCAAAAGAAAAAUUAAUUUUGAUGGAUCCUGAAGGAAGUACAGGUCAAACUGAGAACAAUCCUAUGGCCAUGAAAAAUCAUUAUAUCCCUGAUUCAUUUCAAAGAGCAUCUAAUAUUAGAGUCCCAUUAGCACCCACUGUUAAAUUCGAAAUAAAUCCAGGAAUUUUUCAAAUGCUCCCUAAUUUUCAUGGAUUGCCUUUAGAGGAACCUCAUCAGCACUUAGAAAAAUUUCAUAUGGUCUGUGAUUUAGUUAAUCUCCCUCAAGUUACACCGGAAAUUAUUAAGAUGAAAUUAUUCCCUCAUACACUUAGGGACAAAGCUAGUCAUUGGCUAUCCACAUUAGAUAGAGAAUUAACUAGCUGGAAAGAUAUAGAACAGGCCUUUCUUCGAAAAUUUUAUCCCUUAGGAAAAACUCAAAAUAUGAGAAAACAUAUAUGGAGUUUUUCUCAAAGACCAGGAGAAACUUUGCAUGAGACAUGGGAAAAAUUCAAAGAUUUACUUAGAAAGUGUCCUCAUCAUGCUAUACCCAAGUGGCAGCUCAAUAGAAUUUUUUAUGAUGGAUUAUUAGAACAACAUAGAAAUAUGGUUGAUUCUAUAUGUGGAGGAGCUUUUAUGGAGAAAACUCCUGAUGAGAUUUACAGUCUUUAUGAGAAUUUAAGUGAAAAUUCUAGAGAUCAAGCCUCUUUUGAAUUAUAUGACAAGGAAAUGAAGAGAGAAAUUUAUGAAUUGCAUCAUGAUGAUGAUUCUAAACUUAGAAAUGAGGUUAAUCAGAUUAAUCAAAGAUUAGAAAAAAUUGAUUUACUUAUUGAUAAUAUUAGAAAGCCUUUUAACCCUCAACUUAAUUCGAAUAGUACAUGUCCUAUGUAUGGUGAAAAUGAUUAUUCUGAACUUCAAUGUUAUAAUUUAGAUCAAUCAUUUCACCCUAUGCAAGAACAAGUGCAAGUAGCUCACGGUUUUAAUAGAAAUAGGGAACAUUUUUCAAAUUCUUAUAAUCCUAAUUGGAGGAAUAAUUUUUCAUGGAGAGACCCAAAUAAUAUUCAAAAUCCAGAAGCACUUAGACCCAAUUCAAACUCUGAAUUUCGUCCAAAACAAGAAAAUAGAUUUCAGAAAAAUCAGCCCUCUCAAACCCAACCUGAUGCUAUGGAAAUGAUGCAGCAAAUGAGCCAAAUGAUGCAACAAACUAUGAAUCAAAUGAUGCAACAAACUAUGAAUCAAAUGAUGCUUCAUCAGAAACAAAUUAUAGAGGCUCUUGGGAAUAAGAGAGAAGAGGGACAGCUACCUAGUCAGCCCAUAGAAAAUUCAGAAAACUGUCCAACAGUAAGAUUUCAGCAAGAAGAGUCUAACUGGAUAAAUUUAGAAAAAAACCCACGAAAUGAAAAUGUUAGGACAGUGAAUACAUUGAGUGAGAAUAUUUUACCUGAUCCUUAUUUCCAAUUAUUAGAAGAAAUUGAUGAUCCAUUAGAAGUAAAUGAGGAUAUUAAGGGCAAAAAUAUAGUAGCAGAAAAUUUGAAUAAAAUCAUUUAUUGCUCACAAUUGAUGAAUGAAUAUAGUGAGGAUGAUGAGGAGAAAGAACCCUUAGAUGAAGAAACAGCGACUGAUCAUAGAAAAAUCAUCCAAAUUUCAGUAGAAGGGAGUAAGGACAGAAAUGAAGAAAAAUAUAUUUCAGGGGAGGAAAAAUCAAUUGAUUUGGGAGAUGUAGGAGACGAAAUUAAUGAAUCUAAUCAUAAUUUUGCAGCCAUGGAUGUUGAUUGUGAGGAUGAUGAUGUAUAUCAUAUACCAAAAUUAAAAGAUAGCUCUUGGGAAGAUGAAGAAUUUGAUGAGUUGAGAAACGAAAAGCUAGAAAAAGAAUUGAUUCAACUAAUGGGAACAAGCAAAAAUAAUAGAUGUGAAUAUAGAAAUAAUUUUGGAGGAGAAAAUUUGAAUUUUACUGAAUUCAUUAGAUCUGAGAUUAAAGAAGACAAUCCUUCCAUCCUUCAAAACCCACAGCCCAUUAGAAUUACUUCUAAGCUUGAAAUAUUUCACUCCUCACAAAUUGAACAAAUAUGUAUGGAAGAUAAAAUAGAGCAGGGGAAGAUUAUGCAGAUAAAAGAAGACAUUAAGAAAUGGGUGAGUGGAAGAAUUAGAGAUACCAAUUUAGAUGAAAAAAUUUUAGAUUGGGCAAGAGCUAAUCUGAAAAUUAUAUGGCCUGAUCACAUUUUAUGGUUUAUUAAUAGAAAGUAUUUAUUAAUGAAUGAGAGCCUAACAAAACAAGAUAGAAAUAAGGAAAGAUUCUUUUCAAAAUGGAAAUAUUAUUUUUGGGAAAAUUUUGUUAAUUUCCAUUUUGUUUUGGCUGAAAGUAUGUCAAGGUAUAUAUAUGAAGUAUAUGAAUUUAUGCUAAAUCUGAAAAAGAAUAUCAUAAAACUUACCUUGGGAUACAAAUAUAUUUUGAUGGCCAUAGAUCAGCUUAUAUGAUAUAAGAGCUGUCCAGCUGGAGACAUUAAAUUCAGCGCUGCAUGGGAGGCAACCCAUGGUUUUUAUUUCAUUUUGUUUGAUCUCUGUUUUUCUUAGAAUUUCGCAGUACUUGUUUCUGUGUUUGUUUUUCUUUCGAAAAAGUGCAGGAGGAGGAGUGUAAGAUGAAGUGGAAAAUUAAAAACGAGGUUGAGGUGAUGUCUUUCUGAGCUUCAUCAUUUAUGAAAAUAUUUUUAAUGCUUAACUUUGCAGAUAUGCAUGCUUCACUUGAAAAUUAUAUUUUCUGCAUAUUCUGUUUCGAGUUUUCUGUGUCAUUGAGGACAAUGUCAUUUUUAAGUUGGGGGGUGAAGUAUUCAUUAUUAAUUUAUGCUGUAGGACGAUUAAGAACAUGUGUUUGCAUUUUAUUCAACUUAGAACAGCAACUAAAAAAAUAAAAAUAAAAUAAAAUUCGGAAAAACUGCAACAUCUAUUUUCUGGUUUUCUGUCAGGAACAACAGACUGUCAAAAACAGCAGAUGAAAAAACAACCCGAAAUUUGAAAUUCUAGAGACCCUUUUCUCACAUUUCAAUCCCGUAGACAUAUAUUACUGAAAUUCGAAAUUACAGCUAUAAAGAAGAUAGUUUUGAUUUAUUUUUGACAAAUUUAUUGCUGCUAAAAUAGAACUGAAAACAGAAAACAGAACUGUCAGAACUAUCUAAUUUACAAAUUCCUUACAUCAUAUUGCAUGCAUGAAAAAUUAAAUCAAUUAGAUUGAUUGAUACUAAAAGAUACUAGGAAGAUUAUUAUUGAGUCAAAAGAAUGAUCUAGUAGCAUGAAAUGUUGGAAUACUCCUUGGAUACAUGAUAGAUAACAUGGAUUUGAUUUUAUAGAUUUUCACUUCAUGAUCUUGAUGGAUAAUAUUUACUUGAUGUGAAAAUUUGAUUGAUCAUUUGAGUUUAAUGGAGAUUUUUGCACCCUGAUCUAUAGGACUUGUGAGGAGAAAUCACUUAUUUCAAAAAAAAAAAAGAAAAAAAAAGAGAGAGCAAUGUGAAAAAUCUAGAAACGAAGAGUACACAUGGAGGGUGUGAGACAUCAUUCUCAUUGUCGAAAAUCGUGCAUAGAAAAACACUUGCUGAAAAAUAAGUGGAUAAAGUGAAAGCCCUGAAAAUGAAGAGUACACAUGGAGGGUGUGAGACAUCAUUCUUAUUGUCGAAAUUUGUCUACAGGAAAAGCUACUUAUCCACUAUUUAUAAAAAAAAAAAAAGAAGGAAGAAAUAUAGUGCAAACUUCAAAAAUUAAGUCAUAGAAAAAGGGAAAUGUAAGAUCAAUAUUAUUCUUGGAUGAGUAUUGAUAAUUGGAACAUCUUGUAAAUACAUCUAUGAGUGAAGAAGUGAUAAAGAUGUGAAUAGAAGAAGUGAAGUCUAGAUUGUUAUUCCAAGGAGUGUUUAAACAUUUAAGUGCUUGACAUCAUUCUUAAAUACUUGAUAUAAGAAUCCAAAGUGUUUAAAGGUGCAUCAUUUCUAAUUGUAUUUCUUUUCUGUAUUGAAAUAUGAUGUUUGAGAUUUGUAAAUUUUUAUUUUCGUAAUUCCAUUGCUAAGGGACUAGCAAUGAUUUAAGUUGGGGGGUGUGAUAAGUCUUCAUUAUCAUGAGUUAAUAAUUAGUAAAUAAUAUAGUUUUAGCCUUAACUCAUGAUAAAUAGACUUAUAUUUCUGUUAAAGAAUGAUUUUUGGUUUUCAAUUGAUAAACGUGAAUUUUUGGGUAAUUAUGUGAUUUUAUAUGAUUUUUACAGUCCUACUUUUGAGAUAAAUGAAGAACAAGAAAUAAAAAUAAAAAUAUUGCAAAAAUUGGGAGGACCCGCCGGCCAGCCGUGCCCGCAAGUGGGUCGGAAGCACAGUCGGGGAGUAAGCCGCGAGCAAGGGCUCGAGCGGCUAGGCUUGGGGACCAACAGGCACGCGUACGCCACUCCCCUUCCACGUCACCGAUGGCCAGCCGGCUGUGGGGCAAGGAGUGGUCGUACACGCGAGAGAAGGGACUUUGCUCACAAAGCUAACAUUACUAUAUAUUCGCCCGAAAACUCGGCAUACAACCGAUGUGGGACUAAACCCACACCUUCCUCAGAAGAGGCGGGGGCGACCGGCGCGGGUUCGAAUCCUCCCAGAGUCAAAAUUCAUAUAUUUUUAUCUGAUUAUCGCGACUUUCCUGCAGAUCGCCGGUGAAGGAUUAAGCAAUGAGAAUCGCUGGAUCAUCAGCGAAAAUCUCGUCAACGCGAUUCGUGGAGCAUUGCUACUAAAAUUGCUGAACGAUUCGCGAUAAAAGGAUCGCGAAUCCAUCGAGUAAAUCAUCUCCGAUUGAUCGACGAACAAGCCGUCGUCGAGAAGAGGACGAUCCGCCGGGAGACCAGUCGCCACCUCCUGAGAGCGUACCAGAUGCGAUGAAGAGCCUCCUCUUGCUGCGCGGACUUGAGGAUGAAGCUCCCUAACACGCGCCUCACCUCCAUCCAGCCCCUCUCCGUCGGGUGACAGCCGCCGGAGAGCCGCAAAGUCGCCGUUUUUCCGCUCCGCCGGGUGACAGCCGCCGGAGACGAUUCGACGACCCACUUCAUUGGUCUCUAGACUUCGCGAGAAGAUCUAGAGAUUGCCCACGUCGUCUUUGUCCAAGGAGAGCCUUCGAGGUCGUGGACACUGCACGAUGACCCUCCCGAACGCUCAGGAUUCCAGUGCAUCGCCGACGUGUCGCCGUCGCGACGCCGGAACUCUGUUUUCCUGCUUUAUCUAGAGAUUGCCCACGUCGUCUUUGUCCAAGGAGAGCCUUCGAGGCCGUGGACACUGCACGACGAUCCUCCCGAACGCUCAGGAUUCCGGUGCAUCGCCGACGCAUCGCCGUCGCGACGCCAGAACUCUGUUUUCCUGCUUUCAACUUACUUUACGCUUCAUUUAGUGAUAGUUUUUGUGAUUUUAAUUUACCAAAAUAUACUUUGUUCUAUUACGAUUCUUCCUGCUUUUACAGAUCUUAAUUUGAUUAAUUAAAUCGUCUGUAAUCGCUUACGUAAGAAUCGCCGGGCGGAACUCUGUUUCUGCCCGAUUCGCGUUCGCCGGGUGCUGACGUCAUCCUGACGCCCGCACCCUUAUUUCCCUUUUUCGUGAAUUUUAAAUAUAUUUCCUUUUUAUUUCCUAGUAUAAAAUUCAUAGAAAAUCGUAUUCAUUGAGAAAAAUUCUGAAUAAUUACCAAAUAUUACAUCCCUGUGAUCGACCUGGAAAAUUACUGCUAUUUUUGGAAUUUUUAUUGAAUUAUAAUUGAUAUAUUUAUUUAGAAAUACUUCUAAAUAUCCGAAAAUUCGUAUUUUCUAGUUUUAUAAAUUUUAUAUUUGCGUGAUUUAACAUACAACGACUGAGUCACGUCAGCCUACAAGUAGAUUUGAAGUUGAUAAGUCUUCAUUAUCAUCAGUUAAUAAUUAAUAAAGAGAAUAGUAGUUUUUAGUUGGUUAAUGUGAUUUUUUAGCAAAUUAUGUGAUUUUAUGAAAAUUAAUAUAAUUUUUAUAAUCCUAUUUUUGAGAUAAAUGAAGGAAAAAAUAAAAAAUAAAAUGAUAGAAAAAGAGGGGGACUUGCUGGCUAGUUGGGCAUACAAGUGGGUUGGAAGCACAAUUAGGGCAGAGCCACAAGCAAGGGCUCGAGUGGCUAUAGACUGAUGGGGUCAUGUGUGCGUCACUACCCUUCUACAUCAUUAGUGGCUAGCUUGGUGUGGGGUAAGGAGUGAUUGUACACAUGCAAGAAAGGGAUUCAUUGAGUGCAUUUAAGUUCUGCAUAUUUCAGGAAUGGGUUCUAACACCACCUUACUCCUCUUCUUCUAUUGGUUAGCAAAUUUGAAGCUUAUCCCCUCAGCUAGUACAACUAGGCCUUUGGCUAUAGCUGAGCUCCUUGUAGUUGGGCUUUGGGUUGCAUGUUUGGGCCUUGGUUUUCAGCUGGACCCCAACUGACUUCUUGAGCCUUUACUCUAGAUGGACUUCAUUUAGACUUCAUAAAAAUAUGCAUGCAUAGCCUUGGCACCAGCUGGACCUUGGCUGGGCUCAUAGAGAUCCACAUUGUGCUCCAAGCUUCAGCUCAUGUUCCAUUGGUCAAGCCCUUGUAGGCCCAUUGGCUGGGCACGCCUCCAAGUCCUUGGGUUUGUCUUUGGCCCAAUUGUUCUUUGCUUAGACUUUGGAAUUUUAUCUCUUUUCUUCUCAAUAGAGGCCUAAUACUCUACACAUGCAAGCUUAGAGAAUAAUCAAUAGAAUAUGUGUGAAAAUCCUUAGUUUAGGUACAUCAAAGCAUGAAUGUAUGCAUGUUUUAGGAUAUUUGAGAACAUAUUCUCUCUCUUUUUCACGUAGGCAGACGAUUGGCGCAAGUUUGAAUCCUAUCAGAGCCAAAACUCAUAUUUUUAUUUCACUAAAUCUCAACUUUCCUACAAAUCUCCAAGAAGGAUUAAGCCACUAGAAUCACUCGAUCAUUGACAAAAAUCUUGUCAAUAUAAUUUGUGGAGUAUUGUUACUGAAAUUGUUAAGCGAUUCAUGAUAAAAGAAUCACAAAUGUAUUGAGUAAAGCAUCUUUGAUUGAUUGAUAAACAAACUGUCAUUAAGAAGACAAGAUGCCACCUUUUGAGAGCAUACCAAAUAUGAUGAAGAACUUCCUCUUACUACGUCUCACCUCUAUCUAACUCUUCUCUAUCAAGUGACAAUCACUAGAGAGCUGCAAAGUCACUAUUUUUCUGCUCCACCAGGUGUCAGUUGUCGAAGAUGAUUCGAUAAUCCAUUUCAUUGAUCUCUAGACUUCACAAGAAGAUCUAGAGAUUGUCCACGUUGUUCUUAUCUAAAGAGAGCCUUCAAGGUUGUGGACACUAUACGACAAUCCUCCCAAAUGUUCAGAAUUCUGGUGCAUCAUUGACACAUCACUAUUAGGACGUCAAAACUUUGUUUUCUUUAACUUAAUUUUUACCUCAUUUAGUGAUAAUUUGUGUGAUUUAAAUUUACCAAACUAUUCUUCAUUCAAUUGCGAUUCUUCUAACUUUUAUAAAUCUUAAUUUGAUCACUUAAACUAUAUAUAAUCACUUACAAAAGAAUCACUAGAUGAAACUCUAUUUUUGCCCGAUUUGUGUUCAUUAGACACUGACAUCAUCUUGAUAUCUGCACCCUUAUUUCCCUUUUUUGCAGGUCUUAAAUAUAUUUUAUUUUUAUUUCUUAAUCUAAAAUUCAUAAAACAUCGUAUUCUUUGAAAAACAUUCUAAAAAAUUAUCUAAUACUAUAUUACAUCUUUGUGGUUGACCUGAAAUUUUUUUACUAUUUUUAGAACUUUUUGUGAAUUAUAAUUAAUAUAUUUAUUCAGAAAUACUUCUAAAUAUUUGAAAAUUAGUAUUUUCUAGUUUUAUAAAUUUUAAAUUUGCAUGAUUUACUAUACGAUGACUAAGUCACACUAAUGUUCAUUCUUUUUCUAAGUUCUCCAAAACUCAUUUGAGAUCAAGCUAAAUUUAUUUCUGACUUAUUUUUUAGUGAUUUUCAUAGUUGAAUCUCGAUGUAUUCAUAUUCCCUAUUGAUAAGUCUUCAUUAUCAUGAGUUAAUAAUUAGUAAAUAAUAUAGUUUUAGCCUUAACUCAUGAUAAUAGACUUAUAUUUAUGUUAAAGUGUGAAAAGUGGUUUUCAAUUGAUUAAUGUGAAUUUUUGGGUAAUUAUGUCAUUUUAUACAAAUUUAUAUGAUUUUUAUAGUCUUAGUUUUGAGAUAAUUGAAGAUAAAGAAAGAAAAAUAAAAAUAAAGCAAAAUGGGGGGGACCCAUCAGCCCAGCCAAGCCAUGAGUAGGGGCUCAAGUGGCUUGAACCGAUAGGGGCAUGUGUGCGCCAGUCCCCUUCCACAUCGCCAGUGGCCAGCUAGCUAUGGGGCAAGGAGUGGUCAUACACGCAUGAGAAAGGGACUUACUUCUAAAUGUAACAUUGCUAUAUAUUCCACUGAAAUUUCGGUGCACAACCGAUGUCGGACUAAACCUGCAUGACACCUUCCUCAAAAAGGGCUGGUGACGUGACUCAGUCGUUGUAUAUUAAAUCACGCAAAUAUAAAAUUUAUAAAACUAGAAAAUACGAAUUUUCGGAUAUUUAGAAGUAUUUCUAAAUAAAUAUAUCAAUUAUAAUUCAAUAAAAUCCAAAAAUAGCGGUAAUUUUCCAGGUCGAUCACAGGGAUGUAAUAUAAUAUCUGGUAAUUAUUCAGAAUUUUUCUCAAUGAAUACGAUUUUCUUACGAAUUUUAUACUAGGAAAUAAAAAGGAAAUAUAUUUAAAAUUUACGAAAAAAAGGAAAUAAGGGUGCGGGCGUCAGGAUGACGUCAGCGCCAGGCGAACGCGAAUCAGGCGGAAACAGAGUUCCGCUCGGCGAUUCUUACGUAAGCGAUUACAGACGACUUAAUUAAUCAAAUUAAGAUCUGUAAAAGCCGGAAGAAUCGUAAUUUAACGAAGUAUAGUUUGGUAAAUUAAAAAUCACACAAAGUAUCACUAAAUAAAGCGUAAAUUAAAUUGAAAGCAGGAAAACAGAGUUCCGGCGUCGCGACGGCGAUGCGUCGGCGAUGCACCGGAAUCCUGAGCGUUCGGGAGGAUCGUCAUGUAGUGUCCACGGCCUCGAAGGCUCUCCUUGGACAAAGACGACGUGGGCAAUCUCUAGAUAAAGCAGGAAAACAAAGUUCCGGCGUCGCGACGGCGACGCGUCGGCGAUGCACCGGAAUCCUGAGCGUUUGGGAGGGUCGUCGUGCAGUGUCCACGGCCUCGAAGGCUCUCCUUGGACAAAGACGACGUGGGCAAUCUCUAGAUCUUCUCGCGAAGUCUAGAGACCAAUGAAGUGGGUCGUCGAAUCGUCUCCGGCGGCUGUCACCCGGCGGAGCGGAAAAACGGCGACUUUGCGGCUCUCCGGCGGCUGUCACCCGACGGAGAGGAGCUGGAUGGAGGUGAGGCACGUGUUAGGGAGCUUCAUCCUCAGGUCCGCGCAGCAAGAGGAGGCUCUUCAUCGUAUCUGGUACGCUCUCAGGAGGUGGCGACUGGUCUCCCGGCGGAUCGUCCUCUUCCCGAUGACGGCUUGUUCGUCGAUCAAUCGGAGAUGAUUUACUCGAUGGAUUGCGAUCCUUUUAUCGCGAAUCGUUCAGAAAUUUUAGUAGCAAUGCUCCGCGAAUCGCGUUGACGAGAUUUUCGCCGAUGAUCCAGCGAUUCCGGUUGCUUAAUCCUUCACCGGCGAUCUGCAGGAAAGUCGCGAUAAUCAGUUAAAAAUAUAUGAAUUUUGACUCUGGGAGGAUUCGAACCCGCGGCGGUCGCCCGCCCCUGAAGAAGGUGGAUUUAGUCCCACAUCGGUUGUGCGCGGAUUAUUUGGGCGAUUAUAUAGUAAAGUUAGCUUUGUAGGCAAAGUCCUCUCGCGUGUACGACCACUCCUUGCCCCACAACCGGCUGACCACCGGUGACGUGGAAGGGGAGUGGCGCACACGUGUCCCUAUCGAUCCAAGCAAGCCACUCCAGCCCUUGCUCGCGGUUACUCCCCGACUGCGCUUCCGACCCGCUUGCGGGCCCGGCUGGCCGGCGGAUCCCCCCAUUUUGCAAUAUUUUUAUUUUUAUUUCUUGUUCUUCGUUUUAUCUCAAAACUAAGAUUGUAAAAAUCGUAUAAAAUCACAUAAUUACCCAAAAAUUCACGUUAAUCAACUGAAAACCACUUUUCAUGCUUUAACACAAAUAUAAGUCUAUUUAUCAUGAGUUAAGGCUAAAACUAUAUUAUUUACUAAUUAUUAACUCAUGAUAAUGAAGACUUAUCAGCUGGCAACCAGCACGGGUUCAAAUCCUCUUAGAGCCAAAGCUCAUAUUUUUUAUCUGAUUAUCAUGACUUUCUUGUAGAUCGUCGAUGAAGGACUAAGUAACCAAAAUCACUAGAUCAUCAACAGAAAUCUUGUCAACUAAAAUUUCUAAAUGAUUCGCAAUAAAAGGAUUACAAAUCCAUCGAGUAAAGUAUCUCUGAUUGAUCGAUGAACAAGUCAUCGUCAGAAAGAGGAGGAUCUACUAAGAGACGAGUCGCCACCUCUUGAAAAUGUAUCGAAUGCAAUAAAGAGCCUCUUCUUGUUGUGUGGACCUGAGGAUGAAGCUCCCUGACACACACCCCACCUCCAUCCAACUCCUCUCCAUUAGGUGACAGCUAUCAGAGAGCUGCAAAGUCAUCAUUUUUCCGCUUUGUCAAGUGACAGCUGUUGGAGACGAUUCAACGACUCAUUUCAUUGAUAUCUAGACUUCACAAGGAGAUCUAGAGAUUUCUCACAUUGUCUUUGUCUAAAGAGAACCUUCAAGGCCAUAGAUACUACACGACAAUCCUCUCGAAUGCUUAGGAUUUCGGUGCAUCGCCGACGCAUCACCGCCGCAACACUGGAACUCUAUUUUCUUGCUUUCAACUUAAUUUUCUUUUCAUUUAGUGAUAAUUUGUUGAUUUUAAAUUUACCAAGAUAUAUUUUAUUUCAUUACGAUUCUUCUGGCUUUUAUAGAUCUUAAUUUGAUCAAUUAAAUCUUCUAUAAUCACUUAUGUAAGAAUCGUCAAGUGGAACUCUAUUUUCACUCGAUUUAUAUUUGUCGGGUGCUGACAUUAUCUUGACGUCUGUACCCUUAUUUCCUUUUUCUGUGAAUUUUAAAUAUAUUUUCUUUUUAUUUCUUAGUAUAAAAUUGAUAGAAAAUAAUAUUCUUUGCAAAAAAUUCUGAAUAAUUACUAGAUAUUAUAUUGAAAUAAAUUGAAUAAUUUGGAAUAAUCCUUGUGAUCACUUGGAAAAUUAUCACUAUUUUUGGAAGUUUUAUUGAAUUAUAAUUGAUAUAUUUAUUUAGAAAUACUUCUAAAUAUCUGAAAAAUUAUAUUUUCUAAUUUUAUAAAUUUUAGAUUUGCAUGAUUUAAUAUAAAAUGACUAAGUCACGUCACUUGUGUUAUGUGAAUAAUGAGUAUUUUUUUGUUGUCGAAUGUGAAAUCACCAAAAGUAAAGGCUGAUUAAUGAGCAUUCAACUAUUAAAACAAAUUGGAGAUAUUCAUGACUGAGCUCAUGUCAUGUGUGUAAAUUUUUGAGUACACAUUUGUCCGUAUUAAUAUGUUGACCUUAUUUUUUUCUUUCUUUAGUUUCAUUUUAUUCUCUCUCUCCCUCUCUCAUGAGACCUCUCUUCUCUUUCCGUCUCUUGUGAAAUCUCUCCCUUUCUCCCCCUAUCUCUCAUUCAAUCUCCUUCUCUUUCUCUCUGUCUCUCUUGAGACUUUUCUCUCUCUUCAUCUCAUGUGAGAUUUCUCUUCUCCUCUCUUUUUCUCUCCCUUUCACGAGAGAUCCCAUCCCUUCUUAUCUCUUGUGAGAGCUCUCUCUUCUCUCUCUCUUUUCUUCCUUUCUUUUUCUUCACUUCACUUCCUUUAUUCUUCUCACCUCACCAUUUUAUUUUAUUAUUUAUAUUAAAUAUUAAUAACAUAUUAAUUACUUUAUAUAUGAACUAAAUUAGUUUUCACAAUAGAUUAAUUAAUAUCUUAGUAUUUGACUUGAGAAUUAUUUCUAUACUAAUAUUUUAUUAAGUCUUAGUUAUAAAUAUUAUUAGAUAGUGUGCAUUUAAACACAAUGACAAGCGCACUUUAUUCGAUAUGGCCUAAUAAGUCUUCAUUAUCAUGAGUUAAUAAUUAGUAAAUAAUAUAGUUUUAGCCUUAAGUCAUGAUAAAUAGACUUAUAUUUGUGUUAAAGUGUGAAAAGUGGUUUUCAAUUGAUUAAUGUGAAUUUUGGAUAAUUAUGUGAUUUUAUACAAAUUUAUAUGAUUUUUAUAAUCUUACUUUUGAGACAAAUGUAUAAAGAGAAAUAAAAUAAAAAUAAAGUAAAACCGAGGGGCGACCCACCAACCAGCCGAGCUCACAAGCGGGUCAGAAACGCAGUCAAGGAGGGGUCACGAGUAAGGGCUCAAGUGGCUAGGACCAAUAAGCGCAUGUGUGUACCACUCCCCUUUCACAUCACUAGUGGCUAGCUAAUUGUGGGGCAAAGAGUGGUCGUACACAUGUGAGAAAGGGACUUGAUUGUAAAUAUAAUAUUACUACAUAUCCGCUUGAAACUUCAAUGUACAAGCAAUGUGGAACUAAACCCGUGUCACACCUUUCUCAGAAAAGGUUUGAUAUUUUAAAUACCUAAAAUACCUCUUAUUUGUAAUAGAGAUAUACCAUAAUGACGCCAUUUGAUAAUGACAUUAGAGUACUUGUGUCAAUCUCUCUCAUGUAGAUAAGUAAUUAAUAUGGGUUUGAAUCCUCUUAGAAUCAAAACUCAUAUUUUUUAUCUAAUUAUCACAACUUUCCUACAAAUCAUUGGUGAAAGAUUAAGUCGUGAUGUGACUUAUUCGUUGUAUAGUAAAUCAUGCAAAUUUAAAAUUUAUAAAACUAGAAAAUAUAAAUUUUUGGAUAUUUAAAAAUAUUUUUGAACAAAUAUAUCAAGUAUAAUUCAAUAAAACUUUCAAAAAUAGUGAUAAUUUUCUAAGUUGAUCAUAAGGACGUAAUAUAAUAUCAAGUAAUUAUUCAAAAUUUUCCUCAAAGAAUACUAUUUUUUAUGAAUUUUAUACUAGAAAAUAAAAAUGAAAGAUUAUUAAAAUUCACGAAAAAGGGAAAUAAGGGUGCAGAUGUCAAGAUGACAUUAGUGCCUAACGAACGUGAAUCAAGCAAAAAUAGAGUUCUGUCUAGUAAUUCUUAUGUAAGCGAUUACAAACGAUUUAAUUGAUCGAAUUAAGAUCUAUAAAAGUCAAAAGAAUUGUAAUUGAACAAAGUAUAUCUUGAUAGAUUUGAAUCACACAAAUUAUUACUAAAUGAAGUGGAAAUUAAGUUGAAAGUAGGAAAAUAGAGUUUGGUAUUGUGGUGGCGAUGCCUCGGGGAUGCACUAGAAUUCAGAGUGUUUAGGAUGAUCAUUGUGCAUUGUCCAUGGCCUUGAAGGCUCUCCUUAGACAAGGACGACGUGGGAAAUCUCUAGAUCUCUUUGUGAGGUCUAGAGAUCAAUGAAAUAGGUCAUUGAAUCGUCUUCGGCAGCUGUCACCUAGCGGAGUGGAAAAAUGGCAACUUUGCGACUCUCUAAUGGCUAUCACCCAAUGAAGAGGAGCUGGAUGGAGGUGGGGCAUGUGUUAAGGAGCUUUAUCCUCAGGUCCGCAUAGUAAGAGGAGGCUUUUCAUCACAUCUUGUACACUCUCAGGAGGUAGCGACUUGUCUCUCGACGAAUCAUCCUCUUCUUGACGAUGACUUAUUUGUUGAUCAAUCAAAGAUGCUUUACUCGAUUGAUUUGUGAUCUUUUUAUCGCAAAUCAUUUAAAAUUUUUAGUAACAAUGCUUUGCGAAUCGCAUUGAUGAGAUUUUUGCUGAUGAUAUAUGAUAAGUCUUCAUUAUCAUGAUUUAAUAAAUAGUAAAUAAUAUAAUUUUAGCUUUAACUCAUGAUAAAUAGACUUAUAUUUGUGUUAAAUGUGAAAAAUGGUUUUCAGUUGAUUAAUAUGAAUUUUUGACUAAUUAUGUGAUUUUAUAUGAUUUUUACAAUCUUACUUUUGAGAUAAAUGAAGGAAAAGAAAUUAAAAUAAAAAUAUAGCAAAAUGAGGGGGGGCCAUCGCAAGUAGGGACUCAAGUGGCUUGAACUGAUGGGGGCACGUGUGCACCACUCCCCUUCCACGUCACUAGUGGAAAGGCAAGGAGUGUGGGGCAAGGAGUGGUCGUACACGUACGAGAAAGGGACUUGAUUGGAAAUAUAAUAUUACUUUAUAUUCACUAGAAACUUCGGCAGACAACUAGUGUGGGACUAAACCUAUGUCACCUUCCCCAAAAGGGCGGGCAACUAACAUGGGUUUGAAUCAUCCUAGAGCCAAAACUCAUAUUUUUUUAUCUAAUUAUCGUGAAUUUUUUACAGAUCGCCGGUGAAGGAUUAAGUAACUAGAAUUGCUAGAUUAUUAACGAAAAUCUCAUCAACACGAUUCACGGAACAUUAUUACUAAAAUUACUAAACAAGCUGUCAUUGGGAAGAUGACGAUCUGUUGGGAGACGAGUUGUCACCUCUUGAGAGCAUACCAGAUGCGAUGAAGAGCCUCCUCUUGUUGCACAGACUUGAGGAUGAAGCUCCCUAACAUGCGCCCCACCUCCAUCUAGUUCCUCUCCAUUAGGUGACAGCCGCAAAGUCGCCAUUUUUCCGCUCUACCGAGUAACAGCCACCGGAGUCGAUUCGACGACUCAUUUCAUUGAUCUCUAGACUUUGCAAGGAGAUCUAGAGAUUGCCCACGUCGUCUUUGUCCAAGGGGAGCCUUCAAGGUCGUGAAUAGUGCACAAUGAUCCUCCUAAAUGCUUAGGAUUCUGAUGCAUCACCAAUGCAUUGCUGCCGUGACACCAAAACUUUGUUUACCUACUUUCAACUUACUUUUUGCUUUAUUUAGUUAUAAUUUAUGUGAUUUUAAUUUACCACAAUAUACUUCAUUCAAUUACGAUUCUUCUAGCUUUUACAGAUCCUAAUUUGAUCAAUUAAAUUGUCUAUAAUUGCUUAUGUAAGAAUCAUUGGGUGGAACUCUAUUUUCGCCUGAUUCGCGUUCACCGGGCGUUGACGUCAUUCUAACGUCUGCACCCUUAUUUCCUUUUUUGUGAAUUUUAAAUAUAUUUCCUUUUCAUUUCUUAGUAUAAAAUUUAUAGAAAAUAGUAUUCUUUGAGGAAAAUUUUAAAUAAUUACUAGAUAUUAUAUUUCAUCCUUGUGAUUGACCUUGAAAAUUAUCAUUAUUUUUGAAAGUUUUAUUGAGUUAUAGUUGAUAUAUUUGUUCAAAAAUACUUCUAAAUAUUCAAAUAUUUGUAUUUUCUAGUUUUAUAACUUUUAAAUUUGUGUGAUUUAAUAUACAAUGACUGAGUCACGUCAAUAUAGCAAUUUUAGUUGCUUAAUCCUUUACUGGAGAUCUACAAGAAAGUCAUGAUAAUUAGAUAAAAAAUAUAAGUUUUGGCUCUAGGAGGAUUCAAACCCAUAUUGAUUGCCUGCCCUUUCUAGGGAAGGUGUGACACGGGUUUAGUCCCACAUCAAUUGUGCGCCGAAGUUUCUGGUGACUAUAUAGUAAUAUUACAUUUCUAAUGAAGUAUUUUUUCAAGUGUGUACGAUCACUCCUUGCCCCACAACCAGCUAGCCACCAGUGACGUGGAAGGAGAGUGGCGCACACAUGCCCCCAUCGGUCCUAGCCGCUUGAGCCCCUACUUACAGCUCCUCCCUGACUAUCCUUCCGACCCACUUGUGGGCAUAGCUGGCCGAUAGGUCCCCCCUAUUUUGCUAUAUUUUUAUUUUAAUUUUUUUUUCUUCAUUUAUCUUAAAAGUAAGACUAUAAAAAUCAUCUAAAUUUGAAUAAAAUUACAUAAUUAUCUAAAUACUCACGUUAAUCAACUAAAAACCACUUUUCACACAUUAAUAAAAAUUUAUCUAUUUAUCAUGAGUUAAAGCUAAAACUAUAUUAUUUACUAAUUAUUAACUCAUGAUAGUGAAGACUUAUCAGGCCACUAGAAUCGCUAGAUCAUUGAUGAAAAUCUUGUCAACGUGAUUCAUAGAACAUUGUUACUAACAUUGUUGAAUGAUUCACGAUAAAAGGAUUGUGAAUCUAUUGAGUAAAGCAUCUCUGAUUGAUCGAUGAACAAGUCAUCAUCAGGAAUAGGACAAUCCUCUAGGAGACGAGUCACCACCUCUUGAGAGCAUACCAAAUGCAAUGAAGAGCCUCCUCUUACUAUGCAAACCUAAGGAUGAAGUUCUUUAACAUGCGCCCCGCCUCUAUUCAGCUCUUAUCUGUUGGCUGACAAUUGCCAAAGAGCCACAAAAUUACUAUUUUUUCACUUUGCCAGGUGACAACUAUUGAAGAUGAUUCGAUGACCUAUUUCAUUGAUCUCUAGACUUUGCAAGAAGAUCAAUAGACUGCCUACGUCAUCCUUGUCCAAGGAGAGAUUUUGAGGCCACAGACACAACACGACGAUCCUCUCGAACACUUAGAAUUUUGGUGCAUCGCUAACACAUCGCUGUUGCGAUGUUAGAACUUUAUUUUCCUACUUUCAACUUAAUUUUUAUUUCAUUUAGUGAUAAUUUGGGUGAUUUAAAUUUAUCAAGAUGUACUUCAUUUAAUUAUGAUUCUUCUGACUUUUACAGUUCUUAAUUUGAUCAAUUAAAUCAUUUGUAAUUGUUUAUGUAAGAAUUGCCAAGGGAAACUCUGUUUGCACCUAAUUUGUGUUCGCUGGAUGCUGACAUCAUCUUGAUGUCCACCCCCUUAUUUCCCUUUUUUGUGAGUUUUAAAUAUAUUUUAUUUUUAUUUCUUAGUAUAAAAUUCAUAGAAAAUAGUAUUCUUUGAGGAAAAUUCUGACUAAUUACAUGAUAUUAUAUUAUAUCCCUAUGAAUUAUAAUUAAUAUAUUUUUUCAAAAAUACUUCUAAAUAUUCAAAAAUUCAUAUUUUCUAAUUUUAUAAAUUUCAAAUUUGUGUGAUUUAUUAUACAAUGACUAAGUCAUGUCAUGGUUCAUUUGUAAUCAAUUAGUUAGGUAUUUGUAGGUUUGAAAUAGGGUGAUUUAUAG